AUGCUUCGCAUCGAUCAAGCAUUUGAAGCGGGGAAUGUAAAUCUCCACCAUCCACAAUACCGCCGAACGGUUGGUCGAUGCAAUGCUCUUAUCCAUUCCCUUGCGACUGCUGGCCCAGGCUCCCACUACGAGCUUCUUUAUCGACGUUGCAGUACUAAAAACAUCAAGGUCUCGUUGGCCGUUGCGCCCUCUCCCAAUUCUGCCCACGGGACUCCAACCUCUGGACCGAAUGAAGUUUGCAAUGUUCGCGAGGCAUGGAAGAAAGAGGCACCAGACGAAAGGAAGUGGCGAGUCUUCGUGUAA